AUGAAGGCGAGGGGCGGUCGAAGCUUGAAUGCAGAGCAGAUGGAGAGCGCAAGGGAGAGGAAGAGGGAGACAAAGCAGGAGAGGAAGCAGGAGAAGAAGAGGGAGAGGAAGGGAAGGACCAAGAGGGAACCGGCAGAGAGUUGGAGGAACGGGAUGCAGUUGAGAGCUGCUGUGGUGCUUCUUGAACAGGUGCAAGCCGCCAUGGUGUUUCUCGGGCAGAUGCGAGCUGUUGUUAUCAUUCUCGGGCAGGUGCAAGCUGCCGUGGUGUUUCUCGGGCAGGUGAGAGCUGCUGUGGUGUUUCUUGAACAGUUGCAAGCCGCCAUGGUGUUUCUCGGGCAGAUGCGAGCUGUCGUGAUCUUUCUCGGGCAGGUCCGAGCUGCCAUGUUGUUUCUCGGGCAGAUGAGAGCUGCUGUGGUGCUUCUUGAACAGGUGAGAGCUGCUGUGGUGUUUCUUGAACAGGUGCAAGCCGCCAUGGUGUUUCUCGGGCAGAUGCGAGCUGUCAUGAUCAUUCUCGGGCAGGUGCGAGCUGCUGUGGUGUUUCUUAAACAAGUGCAAUCCACCAUGAGGUUUCUCGGGCAGGUGCGAGCUGUCAUGGUGUUUCUUGAACAGGUGCAACCUCGCAUGAUGUUUCUCGGGCAGGUGUGA